ACAGUUGCUUGUUAAACGUCAUGGGAUACUCUACGCUGAAAUUAUUGCUGUUGAUUGCAUUGGCAAUAACUGUAACUGCAGACGAUACGUGUCCAAGUCAAAGCAGCAAGCAGCGUAAAGCUCCUGAAGCAAAGCCAGUAAAUGAGCAUAAGCAACUAAAUGAAGCACAACCAAAACAACAGGAUAAGCAAGUAAAUGAAGAUAAGCAGAAAGACGCAGAGAAGCUACAAAAUGAGGAAAAGCAGGACAGUGAAGAAAAGCCACAAACGAAUAUUAUGAGCAGCAUUAGCUCAGUAAUAUUUCCAGUUUUAAAGAUCCUAUGGCUAGCAAUUAAGGAAUUUUUUUUACAUUAUUUUAGAAGCGUUUAAAACAUUUAAAAUGUAAAGGUUCAAAAUG